UAUGUUGUGGAAGAUAUAUGCCAUGUAGUGGAAAGUUUGGAGAGAAAGAUUGUCCUGCAUGUUGUCUUUGCUGUUUUCUGUUGCUUUGCAACUUCAGUUUCAUCAACUGGCUAUCUAUACAAGAUGAGUUCAAUAUACACUCAGGUGCCUCUUAUUCUUGUCAAGAAGAUCUACACUCAGACUUUCUUAUAUAUUAAUGUGCAACUCUUUAAUAGUCUCCUUCUGCGUUGUGAAUGUUGUACAUCUAGCAAUGGGGAGUAUGUGAAAUCUGGGGAGUAUGUGUUGAGGUUGUGUCCUUGUGAAAUUUGGGGAGUUAUUCCGCAAUGGUUUAGUUAUAAUGGAUUUGAUAUUGUAAUUUAACUUCAGAUGCAUGUAUAAUAGUCUUCAUUUUUGCAUGUUCUAAAAAUGAAAAUAUGG